AUGGGCAAAUACUCGGUCAUCAUAUAUAUUACAAUCGCCAUCGUCCUUCUCCUCCUCGUCUCCCGCUCCUCCAACAACCACCGCCACCGCCACCGCCGCCUUAAAAUCCGCUCCAACUUCUCAUUCACCCCACCGGUCGACCCUCACCGCAUCCACGACCGCGCCGCCGCCUUCGACCCCCUCGUCGCCGAGAUCGAGCGCAAGCGCGAGGACCGGGAAUGGGAGCAACACUACUUCCAGUCCCGCCACCCCGAGUCGACUCAUUUGGAUUCGGCUCCCGGGCACGAGUCUCCACCCGAAUGGGAGGAUUUUAUGGACGCCGAGGACUACCUGAACGACGAGGAGAAGUUCAACGUCACUGACAGACUGGUGCUUUUGUUCCCCAAGAUUGAUGUUGACCCGGCCGAUGGGUAUCUGACCCAGUCCGAGUUGACUCAGUGGAACCUGCAGCAGAGUAAAAGGGAGGUUAUGCAUAGGACACAGAGGGAGAUGGAGGUUCAUGAUAAGAACAAGGAUGGGUUUAUCUCUUUUGCGGAGUAUGACCCUCCAAGCUGGGCUAAGAAUUCUGAUAGUGAAUCAUUUGGAUAUGAUAUGGGCUGGUGGAAAGAAGAGCAUUUUAAUGCAUCCGAUGCAGAUGGAGAUGGUUUUUUGAAUAUUACAGAGUUCAACGAUUUUCUGCAUCCAGCUGAUACCAACAGCCCCAAGUUGCUUCACUGGUUGUGCAAGGAAGAGAUAAGAGAGAGAGAUAGUAACAAAGAUGGCAAGGUUGACUUCCAUGAGUUUUUCCAUGGACUCUUUGACUUGGUCAGAAAUUAUGAUGAAGUGGAUCACAACUCUUCACAUGGGUUUGAUGAGUCAGUCGAGGCCCCUGCUAAAACGUUGUUCAACCAGCUGGAUAAGGAUGGGGAUGGAUUUUUAUCGGAUGUGGAAUUGUUACCGAUUAUCGAGAAAAUCCAUCCGUCUGAGCAGUAUUAUGCUAAACAGCAGAUGGAGUACAUCAUGGAGCAGGCUGAUGUCGAUAAGGAUGGGCGGCUGACCUUGACGGAGAUGAUCGACAACCCAUAUGUUUUUUAUAGUGCCGUAUUUGACGAGGAUGAAGAAGAUGAUUUUGACCAUGAUGAAUUCCGCUAG